UAUUGUGCGCUGUUAUAUUUCUAUUUAAAAAUAUGAGCUUAAUUGUGAGUGAAGUAAUGACAAGUGAAAAAAAUAAAUCAUUGAUUUUUAUAAAUGGUAUUAAAUUUUGUUUUCAUAAACUAUCGAAAAAUGAUAUACAACGUUGGAAGUGUUUCAAAAAAAAAACAUCUGCUGUCAACACAAAAUACUACGCAGUCUCCCACUAUAUGCGUCGGCCGCUCGAGUCGCUCAGCCUCCAAUAUAAGCCCAUAUUAAAUUGUUAUCACGUCAAGCAGUCAGAUCAGUGGGUGUAUCGCGUGCAGACGUUCAUCUGUAGACUGUAUUCAAUUCUCCUCGUCCGUAGUUUUUCAUACUGAUCGGCAAUUGGACAUUAAUGCUCCUUAUACGUAUUCUGUUUUGGUCUCUCUACUCAUUCCAUUCCAUCAACCUCAUUCAUGAUUGACUUGGGCGUUUUUCUCAUUCAGUCACGCUCAAGCCUUAGAUUCUACAGAAUUGCAUAAGGGGUACAUGAAAGAGAUCAUAGUGGUUCAAUUAAAAGAUCAAAUCGAGACAUUGAUUUUAGAAAAAAAAAUCACGUCAAAGUAGAAGCUGAUUAUACAUCAUUUACACCUUCUGCCUAUAACAUACAUGACCUCGGCUGAUAAUAGUUGGUAGACAAAUUGAUUACCUACAUGCAGCAAGUUUUAUAAAUCACGAAGACUUAUGUUUUCGAAUAAAUUGUACGAUUGUUAACCUCAAAUAUUGCUGGAGAAUUUUUCAAGGUUAUUAUUCACUAUAAAUCAUGGAUUUACAAUCUGACUGCUAUGCUUACAAUCAAAAUAUGAUGUCAGUUUCAUCUAUAGAUCCUCUUGUCAAUGAAAACUUAAGACAGUUUCAUGAAUCUGUUACCGAAAUGGAACAGCAAUUUUCACAAGGAACUUCAUCUCAUCAAGAUUGUUUUCAAUUCGCUACUGAAGAGGGAAUGCCAGAUUGGUCUCUGGACAGCUUACCGAUAUUUCCGGACAUGCAAAUUUUGCCUAAUUCCGUUUCAAUAGAUGAAAAUAAUCAACAGAUUCCAAUGGUUGAUGAGCUGCGACAAGAAUCAGUACUGACACAGUUUCCAACGAAUUAUGAGCAAUUGCAACAAGCGUCAGAAUCAACAAAGCUGCCGAUGAGUGAUGAGCAACUCCAACUACAAUCAAAACUAACACAGAUGCAACAAAAACCAACUAAAAAGCGUUCAAUUAAAAAUUCAACGCAUGAAUACAAUACUAGGAGCACUGCGUACAAAAAAAGAAUUGAUGAAUUUAUAAAGGCUCAAACAAAAAUUACAGAAGAGGCAAAGAAGAAAAGUUGCCCACCAACAAUACUCAAAGUACACGCUAAAGGCCAAUGGAUUUAUCCGAAGGAUCGUGCCCAAAUUGUAUUAUUGAAAUGUGACAUUAAACCUAUUAAACACCCUAAUUAUGUCCAAAAAAGAAAAUAUAGAUCGAAAAAAAUAUCUAUAUAGGUUUAAUGUUUAUAAUUGUAAAUAAAUAUUAUGUAAUUAUCUAGACAUAUAAGAAAAAAUAAUUAAGUAUUAUUAAAAGCAAGCAUGCCCAAUCAUAAAAUAAAUGUAUCAAAAAAAUGCACAUAAUGCAAACAUGCUAAAAUUUUAUUUUUAAUCCUAAGAUUGUAUAAAAAUAAUUUUAUUUCUUUAUUAGACACAUCAUUUUUAUUCUUACUAAUAAGCAUUAGGAAAUCUAAUUAAAUAAAAAAUAUGUACAGUUUUCUCAAAAAUCACAUAUCACCCUAAAUAUUUCUCUGGUAAAUCAAAAUAUCUUAAAAUGGUUUUUUCAUUUGUUAUUUUUUUGUUAACAUAAAUUUAUACUUUAUUAUCGAAAUGUUCCUAUAAAUUAUUAUAGAUUUCUCUUGAAAAAACUACAUUUAAAUUGAUUCACCGUGGGAUUUAUUGGGUGAUAGGUUACUACCUAAAGCAUUUGUGAUUUCAUAUGUAUCUAAUAUAAAAUAAAUGUAUAAGUAUUAUUUAUUACUGUUAACGUUUGUAUUUAACUUAAGUAAUCCGUACAUUUAAGUUAUAUAUGUUUAAAGUUGACUUUUGUAUUUGCUCACACUCCAAAAGAAAAAAGGAGAACACGAUUAAAAUAUUAUAUUUAAUAUAAAUAGUACAAUAUGUAUGUCAAUUAAUGUUCUGUGUAAUAACUAAGUAUAAUAGCUUGUCCAGAAUCUAUGGAGUUCGGACAAAUAUUGUAUAAAUUAAUUCAUUAUUUGACUGCUCACUAAUGACGAAAUUUAUUUAUUCAUUUAUAUU